GUUCAGACUUGUUGUGUUUUCAGAUUGUGUAGAGGCAGCUAUAGGUAGGUGCCAGGGGCAGAUCAGCCGUGUGCUGCUCACUUGAGUACAGCGUUGCAAAAGAGCAAAGGUUGCUGGAGUUAGUGAGGCAAUCAAGCGGAGAUAAUCUUUUCAUUUUCAGGGGUAAAAGUCUGAGGGGACUUGUUGAUGAACUAAACGUCAACUCAGCAGCAAAAGGAUGUGGUUUCGUAGCAAGCCCGUGCAAAAAACCGAGCCUCAUGCAGAAGGGGAGGAUGCCCCAGAUAAAAUUGUUCCUCAUACUUCAAAUGGUCGUUGCCGUGGAGACGCUGACGAGUCUGAAUAAGGAGGCGAGGAGGAUUCCCCAGCCAGACAGACCUGAGGAGACAGAGGACAGGAAACACAUGUCUAUAAUGGACCAGCAGCACGCCAAAGUGGAGCGAUUUCUCAAGUUGGGCUACUCUCACAGUGACAUCCUGAGGGUCCUGGAGAACCUCCGCCAUGACGCCCAGACCAACGACAUCCUGGAGGAGCUGAUAAAGACCUGCCACACUCGCAGCAACAAAGGUGGCCCAGACAGUCCCAAGCUGGUGUCCAGAGGCUGCAGCCCCGUCCCCAGUCAGCCCAGACCUGGACCGGACCGAGAGCCGGUCGCCGGCUUCAGACCGGUGGUUAUAGAUGGAAGCAACGUGGCCAUGAGCCAUGGCGACAAGAAGGUGUUUUCGUGUCAGGGCCUCCAGCUGGCGGUGAGCUGGUUCUGGGACAAAGGGCUGCGAGACAUCACCGUGUUCGUUCCCCUGUGGAGGAAGGAGCAGCCGCGACCUGAGGCACCCAUCACAGAUCAACAUGUCCUCCAUGAGCUGGAGAGGAGGAAGAUCCUGGUGUACACGCCAUCUCGCUGCGUAAACGGCAAGAGGGUGGUGUGCUACGACGACCGCUACAUCGUCAAGCUGGCCUUCGACUCGGACGGCAUCAUCGUGUCCAACGACAACUACCGCGACCUGCAGACGGAGAACCCCCAAUGGAAGAAGUUCAUAGAGGAGAGGCUGCUGAUGUACACCUUCGCUAAUGACAAGUUCAUGCCUCCAGACGAUCCUCUGGGUAGAAACGGUCCCACCAUUGAUGAUUUUCUCCGGAAGAAGCCGUGGACCCCAGACAACAAGCUGCAGCACUGUCCUUACGGAAAGAAGUGUACUUAUGGAGUCAAGUGUAAGUUCUACCACCCAGAGCGGGCUAACCAAUCACAGCUGUCUGUGGCCGACGAACUGAGGGCGCUGAGAGACAGAGCUAAGAACUUCUCGCCCAAACCGAGCCUGCAGGACCCGCACUGCUGCCCCGCUGCGUAUCAGCCGGAGCUCAGAUACACUUCGUCCACCCCUCCGCCUCUGAGCAUAGACGACCAGUCCCUCAGGGCUUCGCCCAUCUACCACAGAGACACCAAUAGCCCGAGAAGCCAGCCUAACACGAGCCUCCACCACCUCUGCCCGAGCCCGGACGUGGACGAGGCCUUCGGCUCCCUGGAUGGCUCCAUGUCCAGGCUCUACAUCCAGGACGGGCCCUACAGCGGGGAGCGUCCUCCCCACAGCUACAGCAGCGGAGUGGCCAGCUACAGCCUGAGCCACGACGACUACUCCCUCUCCGGGUCCUUCGGCGGCGGGAGCACCCAGAGGCCCUGCCUGAGCGGGGGAGGUUACUACCCUUAUCAAAACGGUUCAAUGCCCUGCGAACGCUCCGUGUGCAGCCAGUGCAGGUGUGGUCACCAGGAGACAAGGAUGUCCCACCACCACCACCAGCAGCCGGCAUGGAGCUCCUGCCCGGCUCUGCCUCCGCAUAACGGGGAGUACCCCGGCCGGUAUUCAGAGAAGCAGUACUUGAGACAGCCCUCCGACAGACAGAGCCACAGCUUACCGAGGGACCCGUGGGGGCAGGGCAGAGCCAAGAGUCCGUCCAGCGAGCAGAGGAAGGGCCUGAGGAGCCAGCUGAGCGCCCUCUUCCCUCAGAGCACCGUGGAGCAAGUCAUGAACGCUUACCCACACGUCUCAGACAUGAACGAACUGAUGUCUCUGAUCCAGAGAUACAGGACCACCAACAUCUCCUUCUAGAUUAGAAAGACUCUUUUCUUUGUUUUGACUCAAACUGAGUCCCCAUCAGAGUUCUCAUCCCAGAAGCAAAGUGAAAACUGAAAAAAAAAGAACAUUUCUCUCAUUACAAAUCACACCGUGGCAAAACUACCACUCGACUAACUCGCCCUUUAUUUUCAGCAUUAAAACGUGACUCAAUCUGAUGAAGUCAUGAAAAUGUAGCAGACUGAAUGCUAUUUCUUUUAGUAUAAAGGUGCAAUGCACUACGCUCUGUACAUGCUACUUAUUGUAGCAGUGAACAUGUAUAAUUAAAGCAGCAUGUGUUGUUUUCUCAUGUUGCCUCAAAGUGAGGAACUCUAAUAGACUAUUCUGUACUUGUGUAGAGAAUGUCAUUGACCUGUUUUUAUAUGAACUGUGUUUUUGCUGUUCCUGUGAAAUAAAAGCACUCAAAUAACUCUG